AUGAAAGCAGUCCAAGUGAUCGGAGACUCGUCGUCCCCCCAUAUCAUCUGCAACCAAAACGUGCCCAGGCCCAUCGCUCAAGGCAGACAGAUACUUGUUCAAGUACACGCUGCAGGCAUCACUGCAGACGAGGUCACAUGGCCCGAACUAUACCGGACGGCCAGCCGAAUACCAGGGCAUGAUGUUUCCGGAACCAUUGCCUUUCUAGGUCCUGAUUACGACGGUCCUCUCAAGGUUGGCCAGGAAGUUUACGCCUUAUUGCACGCAGAUAGAGGCGAGGGCCAGGCGGAAUUCGUCAUUUGUCACGCCGACGAGAUUGCAUCAAAGCCCUCGUCCAUCUCGCACGCUGAAGCGGCUGCAUUGCCCAUUCCGGCACUAACGGCCUGGGAAGCGAUAGCGGACCAUGUAAAGAUUGGCGCAGUGGCCAAGGUGCUUGUCACUGGCGCCUCGGGUGCCGUCGGGUCAAUAUUUGUGCAGCUGGUCAAGCAUCUCACGGGUGCCAAGGUGAUUGCGCUGGCUUCGCCUAAUAGCCACAGUGUUCUGAAACGGCUGGGUGCAGAUGAGGUGCUCGACUACCAUAUUCCUGACUGGGAAAAGCUGACAAUGGGCGUGGACGUCGUCUUUGACACCGUCGGAGGCGAGAUGCUCACCAAGACGUGGGAGACCGUCAGUGAUGAAGGCACCAUCAUUACGGUUGCGGAUCCGCCGCCGCCUUGGGCCUUUGGUCGCGGUCCUGCUGCCGAGUCGGCGGCUCAUCCCGGUGUGCGAUAUGUGUAUUUCAUCGUCUCGCCCAAUAGUCGGCGUCUUGCCGAGGUGGCAAAAUUCAUAGAUGAUGGAGUGGUGGAAGCCCUGAAAGUCCGGACAUUUUCAAUCGAGCACGCGGAGCAGGCAUGGUCGAAUGCGCGAGGACGGAACCGGGGAUACAAGGCGGUGAUUGACAUGACCAUGGAUUCUUGA